GAACAGUACUCCUGAUUUUUCAACUGGUAUUUCUUGUUCCAGCUGAGAUGCACCUUCCUAGGAAAGCGCAGCCAAGGAGACAGGCGAAUCGCCUGGCCUACUAUAUUCGGGAAGCCCAGCCGAACUGGGCGGUGGCCUUCAAACUAGUUCCGCAGCAGUAGGAAGCAUGCAAGGAUGUUGCAGACAGCUGGUUCAAUUAACGUUUGGUUUAAUUACGCAGCCAGCUGCAAGAAGGCUAAGCGGCUACGGUGGACGAAAGAUAAGCCAGCUGACAUGGAGCCACCGUGAGAGAGUCCUGCAUAGAUUUGAAUCGGUGGCUGGCAUUGGUCCCCUUUGCCCUUCAGGCUAUCCAAAAAACAGGAGACAAAUCGUUCGCCACUUUUGCACAACUGAGGAUCAUAGUGUCAUCUCCUACCAACAACUCAGAGAUUUGUUGGAAUCAAAGGCCAUCUGGCUUAUUGAUGUUAGAGAAAAAUGGGAAAUUGCAGAGCAUGGAAAAAUUCCUGGAUCAAUCAGUAUUCCAUUGGGACAAGUUAUGGAAGCUUUACAGAUGGACUCAGUAUAUUUUAAAGAGAAAUACAAUCAAGAUAUACCUUCUAAAUCAGAUCAUGUAGUGUUUUCCUGUCUUGCUGGGGUGAGAAGCAAACAGGCUGUGGCUGUUGCGAAAUCAUUGGGUUUCAGCAGAGUUCAGCAUUACCCUGGUGGCUUCAACGAAUGGCUGGAGUAUGAAUGUUCAAAGAAGAAAUGAUAUCUAGAAUGCACAAAUUAGCAAAAAGGGAAAUACAUUACUUGCAACUGUGAUAAGGCACUCCAAACAAAACUUUUUUAAAAUGUAUGCUGUGCCCCUAUGAUCUGAUGCAGUAUUUGUAAGAAUUAUUGCUUAUGAUUCUGAAAUAAAAUAAGUCAAUGUUGUUAAA